UUACAGCCGAGGCAGCACGCAAAAGGGACGGCUACCGAGCCAUAAAACGUCGAAUAAAGCCAAGACUUCCUAUUCCAGCUAUUAAAGGGAGCGUACAUUAUUCUCCAGCAUGCCAAAACGCAGUGAGAGAAGAGACCCCUUUUAUAGAGAAAUGGAUCCCAUUUGGCCAAACACAAAGCAAGAACGAGCCCCUCAGCACGCAAUACCAGUUGGGUCCCCCAGAGAGGGUAAUGCUCCUGUUCAGGAGAGGAGCAUCUUCAGUGGAGACAACGUCCAGUUUGGGAAGCUGCGGCGCCAAAAACGUUGGUCCCAGUCGGAGAACCCGAGCUCUGGUGCCGAAGAUGAGUGUAUGAGCGGCUCCUACGGCCAAAGCCCCACCCUCAGGGGCAUGCAGGCAGAGUCAAUCUGGCUCAACCGCAGCUCCUUCGAGCAGGCCGAGAGCAACUACCAACGGCGACUUGCCUCCAACGGACAGCUCUCAUCCUCUCCGAAAAGCCCGAACCCCAGAGUCUUCUCCAGACGCACCCAACAUCAGCAGGAUCAGUCUCACUCUGUCACCACUGUGAAAUCCUCUGGUACCCCUCACCGUCGUUACAGUAGAGGCCGCAGCCGCACCUCCUCUGAGAACGAGCAGGGGGGCAAAGGCAGCAGGGGGCCAACGCGGAGGAAGAGAGGCUUCUCUGAGACGGAAAGCAAGCCCAGAUGGGUCAAGUAUGACACCUCUCACACAGGGAAUGGGAGAGACAUGAUCUGUGUUUUUGGAUUAUUUAACUGAUUAUUUUGUUGUCUGUCUGCAUUUUUGUUUGGCGUUUUUCAGUUUUGCUAACUAGUGUAUUUUUUUUAAAUUCCUUUUUUUUUUCUCAAUCACGGACGUUUCUUGAUGUUUAGUGUGAUUUGUCAGUUUCGCAUAAGUUAUAAUGUACAACACAUAGCAAUGUACAGUCUUGUUUUACUUGUGGUUUGAUAAUGGUAACAUAAAGGGGAACUAUGGUGCUCUGACUAACGCAGGGCUGUUGGCGGGCAGCGAGGAGCCUUUUGUUUUGAUAAUCCAGAGUUUGCAGACGAGGCAACUCUGUUUUCACUGAGGAAUGUGUAGAUGCUUAUCUGCUGCAGAAACCCAUCAGCAAAAAUGAGAAGGGGAGGUGAAAAGCAUGUACGCACUGUUGGCUGUGACUGUAUAACCUGUUUUUUUUUAUUGUUGCUUCAGUUUUUGAAACUGAUACCUCCUGUUAUUGUCCUACCAGCUGUCUAUAUAUGAAAGAAACUGACUGUGUGUUACGUUUUGAUUUGUCUCUCCCUAUUCCACCCACAACUCCAUCUGUGGCUCUGCAUGUUGUAACCUGUAAUAUACAGCAUCCUGGUAAAGUGUCUAAUUAAGCUCAUUUCCUGUCACUGAUUGUGCCAGCUAUAGACCUGCUCAUGGCUGUUUUCUUAGCAGAUAAUUUUUCUAAUACUGAUCAGUUUUGUGGGUUUGUUUCUUUGCAUUGUCUAAUUUC